AGUUGGUCAUUUACUUUUUUUUCUUUUUUUUUUUAAAGCCCACUGACAAGGAGCUGAGAGAGACUAUAGCAUUGCUGACAGCUCAACAGACUGCUCUGGAAAUUAUCGUCAACAUGUGCUGCAAUGAAGAUCCCUCUGAUGACGAAUGGGAAGAACUUUCUAGCAGUGAUGAAAGUGAUGCAUUUAUGGAGAAUUCCUUCAGUGAGUGCAGGGGACAGCUGUUCUCUCCCCUCUGCCUCUCCCAUGAGGUUCACACUGCUCUGACCAACUACCUCAUCCCAAAGAAGAUUUUUGAGAAAACUGCCUUUCCAAACAGCAUUGCAGUUGACCUAUGUUCCAGGAACCCUACUUGGAAACCUUUAAUUAGAAAAAUGAACAUUAUUCAGUGCAGAGCCCUCUUCUGUCUCCAGAGUCUUGUGUCCCUCCUGGAUGUGGAGCACCUGGGUGGAGCCACAGCCCUUCAGACGCUUGCACAGCAUCUGUCACAGCUGCUUUUUCCUCAACCAGGUAAAUAUUUACACUUUAUUGUGAAAGACUACGCAGACGGAACAGAAUUUUGAAGGGGCAGGAACUUGGAUUUUGUAAAUGUAUAUUGUUUGUCAUUCAAUCUGCAGAAACCUUUCCCAGACACAGGAAUCACAUAUUUGUAGUUGCCCAGGGGUACAGAGUCAAAACGAGGUAUGCAAGCAGCUCCUGGGCUUAUAGUUUUCUUUUUUAUUAAAAUUGUUUGCGUCCAGUUUUAUCAGGCCAAUCAAGACUGAAUCAUAAAUAUCAUAAAGGCCUCAUUAAGGUAUUUGGGUAAUUCU